AUGUACUUCUUCCUCUGCACUCUGUCCUUCACUGACAUCAGUUGCUUUUCUACCACAGUCCCCAAGAUGCUGGUGAACAUCCAGAGACAGAGCAAGACCAUCAGUUACUCAGGCUGCCUCACCCAGGUCUGCUUUAUUCUGUGUUUUGCUGGAAUAGAAAACUUUCUCCUUGCAGCAAUGGCUUAUGACCGUUAUGUAGCCAUCUGCCAUUGGCACAGGUACUCAAUCAUUAUGAACCUCCACUUGUGUGUCCUGCUCAUCCUGUUGUCCUUGUCCAUCCACAUUGUAGAUGCCCUGCUGCACAGUCUGAUGGUACUGAGGCUGUCCUUCUGCACAGACCUGGAGAUCCCCCACUUCUUCUGUGAACUUGAUCAGGUCAUCAAGUUGUCCUGUUCUGCUACUCUCAUCAAUAACAUCCUAUUCUAUUUAGUGUCUGGCAUACUGAGUGGUGUUCCUCUUCUUGGGAUUAUUUACUCUUACAUUAAAAUUGUCUCUUCUGUUCUGAGAAUGUCCUCAGCAGGAGGUAGGCAUAAAGCCUAUUCCACCUGUGUGUCUCACAUCUCCGUGGUCUCCUUGUUCUAUGGACGGGUUUUGGUGUGUAUAUUAGUUCUGCAGUUACUGACUCUUCCACAAAUUCUGCAGCAGCCUCAGUGA